AUGUCGUCAUCUCCUGCUACGCCUUCGUUUGACCAACUUUGCACUGCAUUACUCAAUCCUACUGAACCAAUUGGUAAACGUACACGUGCAAUUUUUUAUCUUCGUACCCGUGGAAAUUUGGAAGAUUUGGAAGUUUUACUUGAAGCCUUAAAGAAUCGUCAAGACUCGGAGCUUAUGCGUCAUGAAUUGGCGUAUGUUAUUGGUCAAUUUCAAAAGAAAGAAGCUUGUGAAAUAUUACAUGAAAUAUUGGCAGAUGAAACUGACGAUGUGAUGGUACGUCAUGAAGUAGCAGAAGCUUUGGGUGCCAUUGGAUCGGUACAUUCGGUUUCAAUUUUAGAAAAAUAUUGUCACGAUCCCGCACCUGAAAUUUCGGAAACGUGUAAAUUGGCACUUAAAUUGGUACAUUACAAAAGUGCCAAAGCGAAUGGUACACUUCAUGAAGCUCAAGUGGAUCAAAAUCCGUACUUAUCAGAAGAUCCGGCACCAGCUGCCGAAAUGACCAUGUCAACAGUGGAACUACGUACCAUUUUGUUGGAUCCACGUGCGGACAUGUUUUUACGGUACCGUGCAUUAUUUUCACUACGAAAUCGCAAUACAAACGAAGCAGCUUUAGCUCUUGCUGAAGCAUUUGAUGAUUCAAAUACACUUUUGAAACAUGAAGUUGCUUAUGUAAUGGGACAAAUGGCAAAUCCAGUGCUUGUACCAGCCUUAACCAAAGUUUUACUUGAUCAAACACAACAUCGAAUGGUACGACAUGAAGCAGCUGAAGCUUUAGGUGCAAUUGGUACAAUUGAAUGUGAGAAGAUUUUAACGCAUCAUCUUAAUGAUAACGUUCAAGUUGUACGUGAAAGUUGUCAAGUAGCUUUAGAUAUUAUGGACUAUUGGGCUUCUAAUGAAAUCAAAUCUUAA